UUAGUCCUCUAUCUACGUUCACAGAUCCCCCCGCCCCUCUCUCCUCUCUCUCAGCCUCUCUUUCUUUCUAAUUUCUCUCUCUAGAUUUCUCCCAUUAGGGUUUCUUGAUCUCCUCCCUCGUCGCUCGACCUCGCCGGAUCACUAGUCUCCGUUUUUGGUUGGCACGGAGCGAGAAAAAUAAACAAGGGGUUAGGUUGACUUAAGUCUUUCUGUUGUCUGGUACCACCUCUCUAUUGCUAUCUGUUAACCUGUAGCACAUAAGAAAAAUGAUUGGCCCCUCCAUGUAUGGUAAAUUGAAGGAGUGUUCAAACUGUUGGAUUGAAUUGAUGCUUUUGCCCUCUGCUUUUACUUGAGCUUGUCUGGUGGUGCAAAAAUUUGCAAGCCUUGAAAAAGUGCUGCCAAGUGAGGCUAGAGUUUCUGGAUUAUGGUUGGUAUUACUGGAUGAUCCUAUGAGAUGGUAUUUGAGGCUUACAUAUUUUCUCAUAUGGUUUCUUUGAAGUUGCUUUCUCUUGACAAAGUUAAUGUCAAUGAUGGGAUUUGAUGUUUAAUUGCUUAAAAAGUAUCACGUUGGAGUAUUGUAGAUGAUGAGCUGAUAAACUCCCUUCUUAUGCUCUCAUCAUUUUAUAUCCUUUUUGGCUCAUUAUUGAGUUUAUUUAUAUCUGUGCUGUAGGUGGCUGGGCUGGACAAUCAAAUAAAAGGCUCUUCUGACUGAUGUAAGCUCAAACCCCAUUCUCAGUAUAGUUACUUUUGAGCUGGAUAAUGCAUUUGCCUCGCCAAUUUCUCACCAUACAAAUGAAGAGAGAGUUGCACAUUAGAUGAAACAGGAAGUCACUGCUUCUUGUAGGUUGGUGGAACUGUGAUUAGCUGAUGGGGGUUUCGCUACAUGAUUGCUGGAUUGUCAUCUUGAGUGAUUAUAUAUCGUUACGUUGGGUUUGACUCGAGCCAUCCAGUAUUUUUUGGGGAACUGCUUCUUUAAUUCUCGUUUACUUUGAGAAGCAAAGCCCAUACAUUACUGGAGGAAUUUUCUGUAUCCAUGCUGGCAGAGAGCAUGCGUGGAAUCUGUGCUUCGGGUAAUGCCCCUGACGAGAUUAGCUGCCGAUGCAUUCGGUGUGGUGACAAUUUGCCUAGUUUCUCUUUUGACUCUUCUCGGUUUUCUUUGCAUCAUUUACUCGUGUUACUUCCGCACUCGCAUCCAUAGCCGAGGUUUCGUUCAACUUGGUUAUUUUAGCGGUCCUUGGAUUAUCCGAAUCAUAUUUAUCUUGUUUGCAAUCUGGUGGGGUUUUGGUGAGAUUAUUCGGUUAAGUUUGUUGAGAAGUGAGGGAAGAGUAUUGAAUGCCCUUAACUUGAAAUGGCAGGAAACAGUCUGCAAGUAUUACAUUGUUUCAAAUCUGGGGUUUGCCGAACCUUGCCUGUUCCUCACCCUUGUGUUUCUACUUCGUGCACCCUUACAGAAGAUGGAUUCGGGGAUUUUAAGCCAGAAAUGGAAUGGAAAAACAGCUGGUUAUGUUUUUCUCUGUUGUCUCCCAGUGUUUGCUCUUCAGCUCAUUGUUAUUCUAAUUGGACCCGACUUUAACAAGGGUAAGAAUAAUACAUUUGAAUUGCCGCACUAUUUUACAAGCACAGCUGUUCCUUCUAGGAUGAAGGAUGGUGAUGAUGAUAUUGCGCUCUGCACUUACCCUUUACUGAGUACUAUUCUCCUGGGGUUUUUUGCCACUGUCCUAACUACCUAUUUGUUCUGGCUUGGGAGGCGGAUUUUGAACUUGGUCAUCAAUAAGGGUUUGCAAAGGAGAGUUUACACAUUGAUAUUCUCGGUGUCAGGUUUUCUUCCGUUAAGGGUUCUUUUGCUUGGUUUAUCAGUUCUAUAUAAGCCAGAGCAGGUUGUGUUUGAAGCACUUGCAUUCUUGGCUUUUCUUUCCCUUCUAUGUUGUGCUGGGGUGAGCAUUUGGAUGCUUGUAUAUUGCCCGGUUGCAGAUUCUUUAGCCCUGAGGAGUCUGCUGGAUUUGGAGGCUAGGAGAAGGAUUAGUGAUGACCACAAUGAAACCAUUUCUCUUAUUGCUAACCAGAGCCUUCUUGGGGAAAGUAUGGGAGUUAGCCCUGAGAGAAACUCUGAUGCCUCAACAAAGCGUGGAUCAAUUUCUUUUCGAACUGUGGAGAAAGAUGGAACCUCAGUGGAUACAUAUGUUGAACUUAGCCUCUUCUCUCCUAGCCGGCAUGCAACCCCUCCAGGCUCACCUCGACCUCUUGGCUGGCCAAUGGUCCCUCGCGCCCAAGUUCAUGGACCUUAGAAUCAAACAACAAACUGGGAAGUCGUGGUAAAGAUUCAGUUUUGUGGUUAAGGAAAAAAACUGUUUGUAAAGGGUUUAGUUUCAAUAAGGAUCUCUCUAUUCUUGGCUUUUUGUUUCUAUUUGAGAUAUGCUGGUUUUGCCUGCUA